GUGAGCUGAGAUCUUGCCACCGAACUCCAACCUGGGUGAUAGAUUGAGACUCUGUCCCCCCCCGCAAAAAAUAUAUUAAAACAUAUGUGUUAUAAAAUGUUUGUAACAGCUGUAUUUGUCAUGAUCAAAAACUGGAAAGAACCCAAAUAUCUGUUAAUAAUUACCAUUGAAUAGAUAAACAAAUAUUGGUAUAUCCAUACAGUGUGAUACUACUCAGCGAUAAAAAAGAAAUGAACCAUUCAAACAUGCAACUAUGUGAAUUAAAAAAUAAUUAUGCUGAGUGGAAUUAUCUGGCCAAAAAAGAGUAUAUAGUAUUUGAUUCAAUUUUUAUAAAAUUCUUGAUAAUACAAACUCAUAUAUAAUGAACAAAAGAGAUUGAUUGUUGCCUGGAAUGAUGAAUUGAGGAGUGGAAUCUGGCAGAGACAGGUGAAAUGGCAAAAUUUUAAAGGUGCACCUGGAAAGUUUUGGGAAUGAUAGACAUGUUCAUUUUCUUGACUAUAGUAAUUUCUCAGGUAUAUACAUAUAUUAAAACUUGUACACGUUAAAUAUGUCCAGUUUAUUAUACAGCAAUUAUACUGAAUAACACAGAAAUGAGACAGCAGAACAAGAUUGAUAUAUUGAAUUUAUCAUGACAUUUCAUGUCUUGAAAGCUAUUAAAAUUUUAAGAGUAGACAAAAUUAGAAUCAAAAGUAGAGUUUACUUAGAAUGUCUAGUUGUGAUUGUAUUGUCUAUCCAAUUUGCUCAGUUAUUUACUCAUAAAUUAUGAUUGUUAUUAAAAUACACUUUUGUGUUAAAGUGGUUUUCAAACAUGGUCAUACACAAGAACCACAUGUAGGAAAUUAUUAGACGUGCAGACUUCCAGGUUUUACCCCUACCCCCAGGAAUUCUGAAUUGUAGAUGAGGUUGUGGGGUCUUGAAAUCUGCUUGUUGGAUAUUUAUAGCACUUGCCCUCAUUAGAAAGUUAAAAGUGUACAGGUACCACAAAGAAUUAAGGUUUAUAAGGCUUUCUUUCCUCCUCCUCUUUCUCUUCUGCUUCCUACUCUUUCUCCUUUUCCUCUUUUUUGUAACAUUUAUUGACCUACAUUUGUUGUUUUUUGUAGUGAUCAUGUUUUUACCAGGCCGUUCAAUAGUGAAAGGACAGGGGCAGAAGGAAGAAGGGACCACCUUCUACUUUAUCAGAUACCUUUAAAAAAUAAACACACAGUAAGAGCAAUGUAAUUCACCACUUUCAAGUUUGAGGUCAUGGAGAGCAGAAAAGCCUUUCUGGGAAGUAUUUCUUUGUGCCUUUCCGGAGAUAGCUUAUAUCAUCUAUCAAAAUAUAGCACUUCUUACCUUCUGAAAUACAUAUAAACUGCCAGGAAGUAAUCUUCUGUGGAAACUUAUUCCAUUAGAAAUGAUGCCAUUGCAUCGGGGAGGUACUGAACUAUCUGUUUACUGACCCGAUCCCCACCAUAAUCAGUGACAAGCAUGGCAAGACUCACAGCUGUUGUCCGGGGCCAUGCCUGGGGCCAUGGAAUAACAUUUUUCUUUGAGUAAGUUAAAAGAGUUGUGUAGUAUAAAGCUCAUGACUUCAGCGUCUUUUGUAGGAUAUGCUAACCAAAAACGAACUGAUUUCGCCUUCGGGUCGCAAGAUUGUGGGGCUACGUGUAUACACAGUGGAGUCCAGUCUUCAAGAUGGUUACCAGUUUUAACUAGGCUGUGCUGAUCUGCCUCUUUAGAAAAAAUAGCAGAACUUUAAAUUUAUGCAAUAUUAUAGUCCGGAUUUUGGACAUGAAGCCAUUAUUAUAUCAGGAACCGAAAUGGCCAAGCAUAUCCAGAAAGAAAUACAGCGAGGUGUGGAAUCAUGGGUUUCCCUUGGAAACAGAAGACCUCACCUCAGUAUAAUUUUAGUGGGAGAUAACCCAGCAAGCCAUACAUACGUCAGGAAUAAGAUAAGAGCUGCCUCUGCUGUAGGUAUUUGCAGUGAGCUCAUUCUAAAACCGAAAGAUGUUUCUCAGGAAGAGCUUUUGGACAUAACUGAUCAAUUGAAUAUGGACCCAAGAGUCAGUGGUAUAUUAGUUCAGUUACCACUACCAGACCACGUUGAUGAGCGAACAAUAUGCAAUGGAAUUGCCCCAGAAAAAGAUGUAGAUGGAUUUCAUAUUAUCAAUAUUGGAAGAUUGUGCCUUGAUCAGCAUUCUCUCAUACCUGCCACUGCCAGUGCUGUUUGGGAAAUAAUAAAAAGAACAGGAAUUCAGACGUUUGGAAAAAAUGUGGUUGUGGCUGGAAGAUCCAAGAAUGUAGGGAUGCCCAUUGCCAUGCUUUUACACACUGAUGGAGAGCAUGAACGGCCAGGAGGUGAUGCAACUGUGACAAUAGCUCACAGAUACACCCCCAAAGAACAACUGAAGAUUCAUACGCAGCUGGCAGAUAUUAUCAUAGUUGCUGCAGGUAUUCCAAAGUUGAUUACAUCUGAUAUGGUUAAAGAAGGUGCUGCUGUAAUUGAUGUGGGUAUCAACUACGUCCAUGAUCCACUGACAGGAAAGACAAAAUUAGUUGGAGAUGUGGACUUUGAAGCUGUUAAGAAGAAAGCUGGCUUUAUCACUCCAGUUCCAGGAGGUGUGGGACCCAUGACAGUGGCAAUGCUUCUGAAGAACACCCUUCUGGCAGCUAAACAAAUCAUUUACUAGAUCACAUGAAAGGAUGAAGCAAACUGAAGUCAUGCUAUUUGUUUAUUUGACAAAGGGUAAAACCUUUAUAUUUUACUACAAAGCUAUUUAUUUCUACAUGGUAUUUAUUUUUUCAUGGGUGAAAUCAUUGUGAAUCAAAUGAUUAACAUAAUUUUAGGCAUUUCCUGCUAAUUUAUUUUGAGUUUUAAGAAAACAACCAAAACAAUUCCAAUGAAAAUUUUAGUAACAAUUGUUUAUUUUGAGGAUAUUUGUUCUUAACAUUAAAACAAUAAAGGGCUCAUAAUAAAUAAAUAUAUUUUUGACACAAUUAAAUAUUACAUAUAAUAUGUUUUCAACAAAUGUCCUGUCAGUGAAAUGGGUACCCAUAUAAAAUGUAAUUUAGGUUUUGCUAUUUGCAUGCUCACAUUUUCAGUAUAUUUUAUGAUCUAUGUCAUAUGCUGAAAAAGAGCUUGCUUACUGCAAGAAAAAUGGAAUAUUGUUGAUCUCAACUAUCCCCCAAAUGCAUCCUAUAAGUCCAUCCUAAUGAGAAAUGAUGUUCUAUUUAAGGAAAGGGAAAUAUUUCAGGAAGGCAAAAAAUGCAAUGCUAUUUGGAAGGGUAAUGAUUUUAUCACAUUGUGAGUGACUACUAAGGGUAGUGAUUAUAUCACAUUGUGAAUGACUACUUGCCACAGUAAAAAUACAUGAAGAAUGUCUUAGGCUUAAAUGUUGUUUCUUUCUUCUUCUAAAAAAUAUUUGGAUAGUACCUUCACUAAGCAAUAAUGGAAAAAUCAAAAAAUAAGUAAACAGACAAAACUAAAGUUGUAUUUUCCCACAAAUAUAGUAUGAAUUAGGUCAUAUUAAAGAACAGCAGCUGUUAAUGUUUGUUCACAAAUUCAGAAAUCUAAUAGUAAAACAUGAUACUUUCAAUGUGCCAAAACUAAACCUUAGUAUACAACUAAAAAUCUCCUGCCUUCUUGCCUACGUGUCUUCCCUCUUCUGUUAUAGCAUUUGUUCCUCAAAGCAGACGCAACGUUUCUAACACAAUUUAAAUUAGGAAAUAUAUAUGAAUGUCAUUGAAGUCUAUUUUGAGACUGCUAAAGCUGUUUAAUUGAUACUGUGUUUUCAUGCCCAAAUCCCAGUAUGUUUAUGUACCAAUAAUGACUCUUACCCAGCGCAUGUCUUUAUCAGUGUGUACUCGUGACUGUUUGUGUGAAAAUAGACUAGAUGUUUAUAAUUAAUACCAUUGCAACUGUAUAAUAAAAGCAAUUUGAAGAAAA